AUGCUCCACUCCCUCUUCACCCUCGCCACUUUCUCUUCCCUCCUCUCUGCCGUCUCUGCGCUGGACGCAUGGCAUCUGGAUGAGGUUGCUAUCCUCGCCAAUGAGCAGCUCGACCCGGUCGUCAACCCCAACGCCCAGAGCAGCCAUAUGCACAAGAUCAUCGGCGGAUCGGGUAUGGGCGCCAGCUACAACUAUGCCACCUACUCCAAGGCAAAGUGUACGAGUCUCAAGUUGUCCGUGGACAAGUCUAAUUACUGGAUGCCUAACCUGUACAUCAAGGUUCCGUCAACCGGCAAAUACACCUCCGUCCCCGUCAAUGCUCGGUUCUACUACUUCCUCGGUCGUAACUCUCAAUCGGAGCCGGUCCAGGCCUUCCCAGAGGGUCUGCGCAUGCUCACCGGGAACCCGAUGGCCAAGUCAAAGACUGCCGAAGCAGAGUUCUACUGCCAAAUCAAGGGCGAUUUCUCGGACUCGCUCGAGGCCGACAACUUCAACUUCAAUCGGGACUGUCCCCUCGGGAUGAAGACGGAUACUUACUUCCCUCCAUGCUGGGACGGUGUCAACCUUUACAAGGAUGACAACUCGCACAUGGCCUAUCCUCGCGGCUCGGUCAAUGCCAACGCCUGCCCCAUCUCCCACCCCGUCCGUCUCCCGGCCAUCAUGCUCGAAUACACCUUCCUCACCAGUCUUGUCGCGCCAGGCAUCCCACUUGCCGGCAAUACCUAUUGGGCGAACGGUGACUCGACCGGUUACGGUAUCCACGCGGACUUUGUCAACGGCUGGGAUCGUGCCAUUCUCAGCAAGGCUCUGGUCAGUCCGGGAUGCGCAAUCGGUACCAACGAGGCAAUUCCCAUCACUGAAUGUGAUGUCUUCCAGCCCUACUUUCAGAGCACGCAAGCCAUGAAGGAUUGCAAGCCGGACGCGGGCAUCCUCGCCGAGCCUACCGGCAACGACGACAUGAUCGGCCUCACCGCCCUUCCCGGUUGCAACCCUCCAUGGGGCAACACGCCCAACAAGCCAACCUGCGCGUCCCCCGCCCCACAGCUCGACAUGCGCGGCCUGACCGGUACGGACGGUGCUCGGGUCGCCGCCACCAGCGCGCAAUACCAAUUCCCCGAGCCGACGACCCCGGGUUGGCAGGAGAUCAUGUGCAUCCAGGAGAGCAAGUCCAUCCAGGGCGGCGUAUCUUACGUCGACUCCAAGCUUACCCCUCAAUCCUGUCAGGCAUCCUGCCUCAAGGAGGGAUAUCUCUACGCUGCCGUCGGGCAGAUCGGAUCGGGCAACUGGAACUGCAUCUGUGGGAGCUCGCUCGACCCGGAUGCAGGGAAUGUCCCGGGCUCGUGCACCAACGCUUGCCCGGGCGACUCAUCCCAAAAGUGCGGCGGGACCUACAUCUUUUCGGUAUACAAGGCCGGACCCGGUACUACCCCCACCUAUUCCAAGACGUCGGACGGGUCCAACAUCAUGGGCUGCUACAAUCUCCCCGACGACAAGACCAAGGGUCUGCAGGCCUCGGCAACCUACACCUUCACCUCUGGCUCCAUGACUCGCGACCUCUGCAUCCAGGCAUGCAAGCAGUUUGGGGCCAAAUGGGCGUACACCAAGUCAUUCGACACGUGCGCCUGUGGGUCCGACUGGAACUACGGCCCCGGCUCAUUCGUCCCGGACAGCUACUGCCCGAUCAAGUGCAACGGCAACAGCGGGCAGAUAUGCGGUGACUACUACCGGGCGAUCGUCUACGACAUCUCCAACUCCAACAGCGGGUCCACUCCGGUCGCCAAGCCAGAGGGAAUGCAGGGAUGCUACACCUCGGGCAACUUUGCCAAGAACAACGGGUUCUUCUACAACUCGGACCAGAUGACCACCAGUCUCUGUCGGCGGAGCUGCAGAGCGCGCGGUUUCGGUUACGCCGGUCUCGGGGCUGGACAACAGUGUUACUGUUCGGCCAAUGCUCCGGCAUCUACGGACCUCGUUGCCGACGCCAUCUGCAAUGUGGCGUGUUCAGGCGAUUCCAAGACCACAUGCGGGUCGGAGGGUACCCGUGCGCUGUCCAUCUAUGACACCACGGGCGCGGGUGCCCAGACCCCAUCGGGCUACCCGGUCAACUACGUCGGAUGCUCGGCGGACGGAAACCCUCGGACGCUCGGAAACUACACCUUCAACAGUAACUCGCUCACUUCCACCCAAUGCAGAGACGUCUGCGGAAGUUACGGGUACACGGUAUACGGAACGCAGUACUCGUUCCAGUGCUACUGUGGUGUGGAUUUGGGACCUAGGGGAUUGUUGCCGGACUCGGUGUGUAACACUGGAUGUGGAGGAAACAGUAACGAAAGAUGCGGAGCGGCGUACAUCCUUUCUAUCUACUCGGCAUCUACAACUUCCUCACCCGCCGCUUCUGCCUCCUCGGGCGCGGAUGCUACUGGCUGCUAUACCUCGUCCACCGAGGGUAUCGCCCAGGUGCUCAUCACCUCAACUGCCAUGACGCCCGCCACUUGUCGAUUGUGGUGUGGCGUCUCAGGAUACACCUAUUCCCUUCUCACUGCCGGUAACUCUUGCGGAUGCCGGAACAACCUCCUCACCCUGAACAAGGUCGCCGAUUCGCAGUGCGCGUCGCCAUGUUCUGGCGCAGGCAAAUCGAUGUGCGGAGGAACGUCCGCGUGGGCAUUAACGGCGUCUUUGGCAAAGAGCGGGUUCUGCGCUAGGAGUAUGCCCAGGCGGUUGGACGAGGUGGACGGUAUCUAA